CUCCGGGGAGGCGGGCGGGGGGCUGAGGGCGCUGCGGCUUUUAGAGAGACACACACCGGGAGAGGAGGCUCCAGUCUCCGGCCCCGGCUCCUCGCAAGCACUUCCCACCUCGGGCGAAAAGUCCGCCGGGCGCCCGGAUCCUCCGCCCGGCCGAGACGAGGGGGCGCGCCGGCCGCCGCCGCUCGCGGCUUUCCCGGGGAUUGCUACUCCGCUUUGAACUUCCAUCGGCUAGCCCCGGACCCGAGGAGGAAGAGGAGGAGGAGGAAGAGGAGGAGGAGGAGGGAGAGCCGCGUCCUCCCGCGCCUUCAGCCGCCUCGCCCCGGCACCCCUCCCCGCCGCCGGGGAUGCUCCGGCCCCCCCAGCCAUGACAGCCGCCUGCCCCCCCGGCGCCGCCAGCCCCCCGCUCCCUCGGACUCUGCUGACUCGGCCGCCCCGGCCCCCGGCGCAGCCCUCCCGGCCCGGAAAGUUCUUCGCUCCCCGCUCCCCGGGCAGGGGGGCAGCGCACCCCGCCGCUCCCCUCUCUCCUCUCCCUCUGUGUCCUUUUUGGUUUGCCUUUUUAAAUUUGUUUUGGUUUGUUUCGUUGUUUUUUUUUUUUUUUUUUUUUUUCCCUCUUAUUUUUUUUCUCCCCUAAGUCUUGAAGUUGAGUUUUAGAGGCGACACGGCGGCUUCAGCCGAUUUCUUCCCCUUCCUUUGCCUCCCCAUGGAUAUGCACUGCAAGGCAGACCCCUUCUCAGCAAUGCACCGGCACGGGGGUGUGAACCAGCUCGGGGGGGUGUUUGUGAACGGCAGGCCCCUACCUGACGUGGUGAGACAAAGGAUAGUGGAGCUGGCUCACCAGGGGGUGCGACCCUGUGACAUUUCCAGGCAGCUGCGGGUCAGCCACGGUUGUGUCAGCAAGAUCCUGGGCAGGUAUUACGAGACGGGGAGCAUCAAGCCCGGAGUGAUCGGCGGCUCCAAACCCAAAGUAGCGACCCCCAAAGUAGUGGAUAAAAUCGCCGAGUACAAGAGACAGAACCCGACCAUGUUCGCCUGGGAGAUCCGGGACAGGCUACUGGCCGAGGGCAUCUGCGACAACGACACGGUCCCCAGCGUCUCCUCCAUAAACAGGAUUAUCAGAACCAAAGUUCAGCAACCUUUUCACCCAACACCAGACGGGAGCGGGACGGGUGUGACUGCACCAGGACAUACUAUCGUGCCCAGCACAGCAUCCCCUCCCGUCUCCAGUGCCUCCAAUGAUCCAGUGGGCUCUUACUCCAUUAACGGGAUCCUGGGGAUUCCUCGGUCGAAUGGCGAGAAGAGGAAACGUGAUGAAGAUGUGUCCGAGGGCUCAGUUCCCAACGGAGACUCCCAGAGCAGCGUGGACAGUUUGCGGAAGCACCUUCGUGGCGACACUUUCACCCAGCAGCAGCUGGAAGCUUUAGAUCGAGUUUUUGAGCGUCCUUCUUACCCUGACGUCUUUCAAACAUCAGAGCACAUCAAAUCCGAGCAGGGUAAUGAGUACUCCCUCCCAGCUCUGACCCCUGGUCUCGAUGAAGUCAAAUCAAGUCUAUCCACCUCUGCUAACCCAGACCUGGGGACAAAUGUGUCAGGACCCCAGACGUACCCUGUGGUGACCGAAAACCUCUCCUCUCCCCUCAGUAUAAAGCAAGAGCCUCAUGGAGCCUCUCUCACCCCUUUCACCCCCACCACGCCGGUCGGCUCUGGGCAGGCUGAUCUUCAGCCCUUCCACAUGACCCUUUCAGACGAUGCGUCCACGCCUUGCUACAGUGCCUUCCUUCAUCAUGGUGCCCACUUUGGGCAGUCCAGCAGCCAGCCUCUGAUAGCAGGUAACCGGCCUUGGCCACAAACUCAGCGGGGAUGCUGUAGGCAAGGGGUUCAGUUUCGUCUGACGGGGAGACCAGUAAAUGCUGCAAGCUCUUUGAGUGCAAGCGGGAACCAGAGCAACGAUGUUCCAGUUCUGUGUAUGCAGCGUGUGUUCACAGCUCCACGGAGAGUCACUAAAAGAUUUCAUGGCUGUCCUUCAUUUUUGCAGAAUAAAAUGGGAAAAGAAGCUGUAACUACACAGAAGUGACUGGUGUCCCAGCUGGAUGGGUUUGGGGCUUAGUAGGGAAACACUUGUACAGCAAAAUCCUGUGUUGCCUCACUAACCACGAGGCCCCUGUGUACGGGGGGCCCAGCGAGGGUACUGUGUGCUCGCCUAGGUUGAUGACUGCAGCUUGAAUGUGUCUGCCAGCUCUAGGACUGUCAGCAGGGUUGUCAGCAUGGGUUGCAAAAACUACCAACUCAGACCCGUACACAGUCAGCAGGUGAGCAGUGCCGCAGCCACACGGUGAGCAGAACUCGAGUCAGCUGGUUGGGAAGCGUCAGCGUGAGCUGGCACCUGCACGUGGCAGGCCGGGCAGUCAGGAA